CAAUGCGUAGACAUAUACUAGUAUGCAGGACUUCCCCCGCUAGGUGUACGUCAUGUCAGGCAGUAAAUUGUCGGUGCAUAUUUGCAAAUUGUUAUCAGGUAUUUGAGUUUUUCAGCAGAAUUUCUUGCAGAUGUAUUUGCCGCACGAAGGGUUCGUUGACGUUUAAACCCUGACACUGACAACCUAUUCAAUCAACUUCCUCCAUUGUCACUGAUUGUCUCCUUGGAUGUUGGAUCGCCCAUGAUGACGAUAAAAACGUCCAUAGUGUGAUGAGAACAUGAAGUGUUAGUAUGGCUGUUAGUGCUCCACCCUUGACAGUACCCCCCAGGCUUUUGGACCUGUUGGUGGACUUCUGUAUCACUCAUGUCGAGACGUUCUGCCAUACCAGCAAUGGUAGCCAAACACCCCAGGCCCUGCACCCGGACGUGAUCAUUCCCGCCAACAUGGCCGACAUAUUUCUGGCCAAAGUUUGCAGGCGGGGGCUGGCUUCAUCAAAGCUAGACGGCUUCGUUGGGGUGUUCUGCAACACAAAGCAGGCCAGCCUGCAGCAGGUGGACCUGAGCCGAUCCGACAUCUCCGACCGGGCCGUGGCGCACCUGGCCCGCCACCGCUUGCUGGAGCUCAGCCUGGCUAACUGUGCCAAGCUGACCUCAGCCUGCCUGCCAGACCUGAUCCGGCAGACGGCCCUCCGGGUGCUGGACCUGAGUGGGGAUGCCCCCCUCCUGGCCAGCUAUGGGCUCCCCCGCUUUGAGUUCCCACUAGAGAAUCUGCGGGUACUGAACAUCAGCUUCACUGAACUCAGUAGCACACAGCUCCACUGCCUGGUGAAGCAGCUGGUUAAUCUGGUGUCCCUAGAUGUAUCAGGCAUUGUGCGGAAUGGAGACCUGCUGUUUUUGAAACCGCUUUGUGGCCAGCUUCGGUCACUCGUACUGCAUGACUGUAUGCUGGUUGACAGCAGCUUAGACUACUUAUGCAAUCUAACACAGCUGAGACAUUUAGAUAUCUCUAUUGUUCACACCCAGCUACGAGUUUCACUAACGAAUAAAUACUUGCGAAGGCUAGUCAAAAGUUUACAGCAUCUUGUUUCCCUGGACAUUUCCGGAAACACUUACGAGAACAAGAAGACAGAACGACAACGAGAUGCGCUUCAUCCAGUACCAGCCAGUUCAUCCCCACCAUCAUCUCCUCCUCUGCAUCCUCCAAAAAAAGACAGAGAGAUUGUGAGGGAUUCGAAGGGGCAGUCCGAGCCCGAGCAAGAAGCGGCCAUGGAUGAGAUGGAGACAAGCCCAACAGGAGGUGCUGCAGGAGCAGCAGCAGUUUUGCAACUGCCACCGCAGCAGCUGCAGCAGCCGGUGGAGGCAGAGGGGGAUGUGGUGAGGGUGAGAAGCUGCAUCCCCGGCCUGAGGGGCUUACCCAAACCGCUGGAGUUCCUGGGGGUCCUUGGCCUGGAGGGUCUGGAGGAGAGUGAGGCAGAUCAACUGCCUGCUCUUAGGGUUGCAGGGAUAUUUACAGAAGAACACAUCCUUAAUUCCAUUGAUGUCUACCUAAAGCGAAAACCAUUUCUCCUUGAAGGCUUGAAUGGUUACUUUGAUUUGCUUCGGGCUGUGGAGUGCCUGAAACCUUCCAAAGCAGUAGAGUUCAUACUAGCUGCAAUGAGGUACCAUCCGAGGGAUAAUCAGAUACAAGUAUCAGCCAGUGCCUCUCUCUACCAUCUUACUCGGGGAACAUACAGCGAUCGUCUCAGUAUACACCAUAAACAAGCAAUCAUCACCUGCCUUCUGGAUGCCAUAGAGACAAUCACAGACAGUAUCACCCUCCUCCAGAACUGUGGCCUUACCCUCUUCAACUUCCGCAUCCCUGAGGAGUUCACCUGGCAGUUUGAGCGGGUGGUGACCAACCUGGUAAAGCUAGCCCUGACCGAGGACCCACGGGGUCUCCUGCAGCGUAUCUACGUCCACAUGUGCAACUCCAUCGUGUGCCAUGUCGAAGGCGAGCAAAAACUGCUGGUUGGGAGGCUAGGAAUAAUCAAGUGUAUGCUGCAGUUGAUCAGAGAUCGCCUGGAGAAGAAUAGGUGCGAUGAGGUUAUGGAAACUGCUUGGAGCACAUUAUGGAAUGUAACAGACGAAACCGGAGACAACUGUGAGAUGUUUUUGGACGGCAGUGGGAUGGAGCUGUUCCUGAAAUGCAGAGAGACCUUUCCAAACAAGCCAGAGCUUCUGAGGAAUAUGAUGGGGUUGAUUGGCAAUGUAGCCGAGGUCCCAAAACUCAGGAAGCAGCUGCUCAAGUAUGCCCCGGUGUUCAUGGAGCUGCUGGAAAACUUUAGCGAUGGGAUUGAGGUGAGCUACAAUGCGGCAGGCACUCUGUCUCACAUUGCUGCAGAUGGCCCCGAGGCAUGGACGAUCUCUCAUCCACGACGAUGCGAUGUCCUGGACCUGAUGAGCAAUGCCAUCUCUUCUUGGGAGCUGAACACGCAAAGAAAUAUCAACUACAGGUCUUUUGGGCCAAUCUUACGGCUCCUGACGGUUUUUCACACACCUGUGGUGCAGAAGUGGGCAGUCUGGGCACUGGCAAAUCUCUGUACAGUCUCACCAUCAAAAUAUUGCAAGCUUUUGGAGAAAGAAGAUGGGUUGAAAAUUCUCCGUGAACUGGACAGUGACCCUCGAACGUCGCGGAGCGUCAGAGAACUAGUGCUGGUGACGCUACGGAUUGUGGAUGCAUACCUUGACGAGCCAAUGCACCACGUACACGUGGUCUGAGGGAGUGAUGCCAUCAAGUCCCUGAUCCAGAACAGGUCGAAACCGUAAAUUUGAAUCCCUGAUCUUGGAAAACUAGUGGCAUGACCAGACUGGACCCAAGCCUUGUUUUCUAAAAGUUUUUCUAAACCUAUGUGCUGUCUCCUGCAUCAGCUCCGAGAGUUUGUAAUGCUUUCUGGCUUUCACAGCUUAAACUUAACAUGGGUCAGCAUUCUUUCCCAGGAAUAUCAAAAAAUUUAAAGUGUGGUAAAUGUAAGGAUAAACAUUUUUCCAUUUUCUCUGAAUAUCAAAGGCUUGUAUAUCAAUCUGAAGCUAGGAGAAGCCACAGCUUGAGUUGAUGGCCAGGUACACAAAAACAACCAUAGAGGUGUAGCCAAAGGACUUUACCUUGAAUUCCAGCAAAUAGCGUAACCAGUUUAAGGCAAAUCAGUAAAGGCAAACAGCUUUAAAGACCUUGCAGUACAUCAAAUAUCACUUCAUUAGUGGGGCGUCUCAAUGUUGUAAAAAGUGAAUUUUAGGUAAGAAGCACACAAAUAUUGUACAAAUGGACCUCUCAAGGUUAUUGAUGUGUAAUGUUUGGCCUUAUAGAUUCAGCCAACAUCUUAACUUUUUUUGAAACUGAGUUUUCGGGUGAAGGAUAAUCCGAUGGAUUGGUUAAUUUUUUUUGUGAAAUGCGAGUAUUAAGUGGUUAAUUGGUCCGGGUUGGUCUGGGGGAAUGGGACCUUGCAUCCCCCAGAAAAAAGGGCACAUUUAUGUCCGAAAAUAGUGUGAAAAUAAUGUGAUUUGUGGGACUUCCAUUUCUUUUCAUUCCAAGCCAGUAAAUUUAGCUUCCCUUUCAGAAAGGCCAUAAACGGUUGUUUGUAGAAAUUCCAAAAGUUUGGAGCCCCUGAAAAAAAAUCUGAAAACUUUGUCCUCCCCCCCCAAAAAAAUUUGAACCUGAUCUUCGUUUGUUGCCGUGACGGUGUACAGCAUAAUGCAUCGGUCGGCAGAGUUCAGGAACUUGAGACACGGACUUGUCUUCGUACAUGCUUCUCCAAAACACCCAUUCCAAAGGGGACCUAGUCCAGGGCAUGAAGUCAUGAGCAUUUCAACUUUAAUGAGCCUUGUGCCGUUCUCUGUUCCAGUCACAAGCCCCGUUGCGUACUUGAACUAACAAAACAGUCGCCUCAGCGGUAGAUGUAUAGUUCUAAAAGUAAAAAUUGAAUAAUCAUGCCCUAUCUGGCCUGCUCAACACAUUCAUAGAAUUUUUAAAAGAUUCUUUUAACCACGAUUUGAGGCAUUUUUUUUCAUGUAGGUCUGUAAUGGUUGACCGUAGUUGGUAGACAAAAAUAUCUCACACAGUAUUUGAUAACAGGAAAGGGUUUAAAUGUGCCGGGUUUAGGAGUGUUACAUCAGCUUACCCAGUUACCUAAAAUAAAUAACUUAUCCAUUUUCCUGAUUUUCGGAAUUUUAAAACAUUGUCAAGAAGAGGCAUAUUGUUGAAGAAUGGUCAUUUUAACUUACGUAGGUUCUAUUGUAGACAAACCCUUCUGGUCCACGAGCAUAUAAAAAUACAAGGUGGUGUGUGAGUAGUCUGUCGAGGCUGUGCCUCAAGGCUAAUGAUAAAGUGUGAACAUGAACAUUUGGACAUUGCUUAACCCACACGUUUGACGUGUACAGGGUUGUGCAGAAAGAUUGGCACCUGAGUGAGAGGUCUUUUGAAAGUACUUGGAUAAUUUCAACAUACGCAUUGUCCAAGUUCCCAGAUUCUUGUCGCAAACAGAAGCCAGAGUUGUUUUGGGGAGCUUGAUUUCUCCUUCAUUUCAGUAAACAUUCUCAGACUUUAAAGGACUUGACUGAUAAAAUGGGACUGAAAGGGCUGCCUUAGCAGCGUAGCCCGGUCUCACGGCCCUGCCCAGCCGAAAACAAUAGUGCUUGGUAAAAUUCUAUGCUGAGCAAAACGGCUGGGAACCUGUUACAAGAAACGUGCUGUACGUGACAGUUUGGCUGGUAUCCUGCUUUGACUAAGCAAAUAGUUAAUGGGCUUAUGCAGGUACCUGUGAAGGAUAUUAACUUGGCCUUACAGGAUGUUAAUUUUAUAAUAUGUCUUACCCCUACACCGACAUCUACAUAUUCAUGCUGUAUUUUUAGUGAGAUCUGAGAAAUGCUUAGCAUUGGUAUGGAAUUGGGUCCGGCCUCAGAUGCAUAGUACAACUCUGGGGAUCAUCAGUUUUAUUGUAUAAGCGGUCAAAUAUAAGGAAACAAGUUACAACCGUAUGGAUCAUAUAAUAACAAUAAUAAGUAAUGAAUUUAGCCAAUAUGCAUGUCAGGUUUGCAUCUUUAAUAUUUAAAAAAGAAGAACGCAAGUAUGUUUUAUUUUGUAGACUUUAAUUGGGGUGGGUUUGUUGCAAAUUCAUCAACUAGACAAGUCUUGUAAUUCGAAUGACUUUUUUUCUGGCAAUGUAUUUUGAUUACAUAUUUUGUAAUUCAUCAACAUAGUGUUACUAUCAUAAUUAUAUGAGCUUAGUAUCUGCAAAAUAUCAACGGUGUGUCUGUAGCACUAAUCAACUUAACAGGUUCUGCAACAAUAGAUAUUAUGUUGAUAUUUAAAUGAUUUUCUACUAUAAGCAUAGCAAAUAAGCUUUGUGAUGCCUGUGAGUAACUGUGAAACAUUUAUGGGUUUUUUUCGAUAAAGCUAGCUCCCAAAUGAUGUCGAUUUGCCGUGUUUGACCGUGAGGGUGUGUUUAUUUAUAGUGGAGACUUGGCCGUGUCAUUCCAGAAUAGGGAUGAAAUUGUUUCUCGCUCAUAAAUACUAGACUGAUUGCUGGAAUGGAUUAAAACUGAUUUAGGGGUGACUUAUUAGUUUA